AUGACUGGUACAUACACAUGUAGUAGUUGUUGUGGUCGUUGGCGUCGUCGUGGGGAACAUGGUAGUGGACUAGAUGGUAGUGGACUAGGUGGUAGUGGACUAGAUGGUAGUGGACUAGGUGGUAGUGGACUAGGUGGUAGUGGACUAGGUGGUAGUGGACUAGGUGGUAGUGGACUAGGUGGUAGUGGACUAGGUGGUAGUGGACUAGGUGGUAGUGGACUAGAUGGUAGUGGACUAGGUGGUAGUGGACUAGGUGGUAGUGGACUAGGUGGUAGUGGACUAGAUGGUAGUGGACUAGGUGGUGGUAGUGGACUAGGUGGUAGUGGACUAAGUGGUAGUGGACUAGAUGGUAGUGGACUAGAUGGUAGUGGACUAGAUGGUAGUGGACUAGGUGGUAGUGGACUAGGUGGUAGUGGACUACAUGGUAGUGGACUAGGUGGUAGUGAACUAGAUGGUAGUGGACUAGGUGGUAGUGGACUAGGUGGUAGUGGACUAGAUGGUAGUGGACUAGAUGGUAGUGGACUAGGUGGUAGUGGACUAGAUGGUAGUGGACUAGGUGGUAGUGGACUAGGUGGUAGUGGACUAGGUGGUAGUGGACUAGGUGGUAGUGGACUAGAUGGUAGUGGACUAGGUGGUAGUGGACUAGAUGGUAGUGGACUAGAUGGUAGUGGACUAGGUGGUAGUGGACUAGAUGGUAGUGGACUAGGUGGUAGUGGACUAGGUGGUAGUGGACUAGGUGGUAGUGAACUAGAUGGUAGUGGACUAGAUGGUAGUGGACUAGGUGGUAGUGGACUAGAUGGUAGUGGACUAGAUGGUAGUGGACUAGAUGGUAGUGGACUAGGUGGUAGUGGACUAGAUGGUAGUGGACUAGGUGGUAGUGAACUAGAUGGUAGUGGACUAGGUGGUAGUGGACUAGGUGGUAGCGGCAGCAGCCACAGUAGUUGUAAAAAUAAUGUACAUGAUAACAGGGUUCGUACAGUCUUGAAAAGGCCCUAA